AAUCCCUCGGAUCUCGAGUACUCUCCUCCAUUGCAUUUCGUUCCUUCUUACUCUUCAUACGAAUCGAAUCAGCUUUCGAAGAAAAUCGAUCCAGCGAUCUUCCAUCCAGUGCAAUUUUCAACCAAGCAGCAAAGACGACUCCAUUCUUAUUCUAAACACGAAUGGAUUCAGAAUCUAAUGAUUCAUCAUCUAAGGGGCCUACCCAAGAAUCUAGUGAUAAAGCUACUGUGCCUGAUGUCACUAGGCAAGAUAUUUCUGCAAAUGAAUCAGCUUCUUCAUUUUCUACUCCUGUCAUAUCAUCUUGGGCCAGACAUCUUAAAUUUCCACAACCAGUGGGGCCGGGUGAUGUCUCACAGACAGAAGAUGCCGGGGGGACAGCUUUUUCUCGCCUAGUCCGCGAGUUUGGGUUUCAGUUACCAGGAAAAGCUUCUGCACAAACUGUUGAUUCCUCAACAGAUGCGCAACAGGGUGUUUUUGGAUCAUUGAGAAGAGGUUUAGUUGACUCCUCUUUAAAUGCAGUUAAAGCCGUGCAGGUUAAAGCACGUCAUAUCGUCUCUCAGAACAAAAGAAGAUACCAGGAAGGGGGAUUUGAUUUAGAUAUGACAUAUAUUACUGAGAAUGUAAUUGCUAUGGGAUUUCCUGCUGGUGAUUUAAGCUCUGGUUUCUUCGGAUAUUUUGAGGGCUUCUAUCGAAAUCACAUGGAAGAAGUGAUCAAGUUCUUUGAAACUCAUCAUAAGGAUAAAUACAAAGUUUAUAAUCUUUGCUUGGAGAGAUUGUACGAUGCUUCACUUUUUGAGGGGAAGGUGGCUUCCUUCCCGUUUGAGGAUCAUAACUGCCCCCCAAUUGGACUCAUAUCUCUCUUUUGCCAAAGUGCAUACUCAUGGCUAAAGGAAGAUAUUCAAAAUGUCGUGGUUGUUCAUUGUAAAGCUGGUAUGGCAAGGACUGGCUUAAUGAUAACUAGCCUUAUCUUGUUCCUGAAGUUUUUCCCUACAGCGAAGGAGUGCAUUGAUUACUAUAACCAAAAACGAUGUAUCGACGGAAAGGGCCUUGUUCUUCCAAGUCAAAUUAGAUAUGUGCACUACUUUGAACGCAUUUUGACAGACUUCAAUGGUGGGACUCCACCUGGACGUAGGUGCAUGCUGAGGGGAUUUCGGCUUCACAACUGCCCAUACUGGAUUCGGCCUUCCAUUACUAUAUCAGACCACAAUGGAAUUCUGUUCUCCACAAAGAAACAUCCAAAAAUUAAAGAUUUAAUGCCAGAAGAUUUUUGGCUUCGAGCAGCAAGAAAAGGGAUUGUGGUGUUUGCUCUGCCUGGAGAACCUGGUCUAACUGAGGUGGUGGGGGACUUUAAGAUCUAUUUCCAUGACCGGCAAGGAGAUUUUUACUGCUGGCUAAAUACAACAAUGAUGGAAAACAGACUUAUCUUAAACCAAUCUGAUCUCGAUGGAUUCGACAAGAGGAAAUUGCCUUCACCUGGAUUCCAAGUUGAGAUAGUGAUGAUCGAUUACGACGGUUCUUUUCCAAUGAAGAAAAAGAUGGAUGAUUCCGGAAGAGACAGAAACACACCUUCUAGAAGUAAUGAGGAGGCAGAAGAACCUAUUACUCCGAACAAAAGCAAGGCCAUUGAAAACCAAGAAAACGACGAUGUUUUCACCGACAGUGACGGAGAGGAAUCCCCGCCUUCUCAGAACCGCGAGAAAUCUGAACUGGCAACAACAUCAGAAACAAAACCUCCUUUAGUACAUAAUGAAUCCGCCACCACUAAACUAAUGGGAGUCCUCACACAAGGUACUCAACAACUGUCGCUUCACAAGCAGCAGCCCGAGAAAACCCCUCCUCCUCCUUCCUCAAACGAGAGCUCACAAGCGGCGAAAUUGGACUCUGGAGUAGGAAUGAGCGAUAUCAAGGCAAUUGCAGCUGAUGCUUCUGUUUUCUCUUUUGGUGACGAAGAAGACGAGGAUAUCUGACCAUUGAUUUGUUUUCGAAUGAAGUCUUGAUUAUUUUCAUUCUUCUCGUUGUCUAUGUAGUUACAAAGUAUUGUAUUUGUAUUUAUUUAUUUUAAAAAAAAUGGAGCCACUAAAGGAUUGUUUUUC